AUGGAUUCUGGACUCUUGGCACAAAUUCAAAAGGGAAAAGCUCUCAAGAAAGCGCACACAAACGAUAGGUCGGCACCUAUAGUAUCUGCUAGCAAACCCAGUGGUGGUGCUCCUAUGGGAGGUAUGGCAAGACCUCCAAUGCCUGGUAUGGGCGCUGCUCCACCUGCCAUGCCACAUACUGCUUCAGCUCCACCCGUACCCAACAAUGCACCUACAGGCCCUCAAUUGGGUGGGCUGUUCGCAAAUGGUAUGCCAACACUUCGAAAAACACGAGGCGCUGCUGUAUCUACUGGAAGAGGAGAAUCAACAUCAUCGCCUCCACCACCACCUCCACCGAGUGCAUCUGUACCUCCACCACCUGUUAGAAACAGUGCUACACCUCCUGCUCCUCCAGCAUUCAACAAACCAUUUCCUGCUGUAUCGAGUCAUCACACGUUACCUAGAAACUUCAAAGCACCACCACCUAUUCCGGGAAAAUCACCCUCUAUUCCAUCAUUCAACUCGAAUAGUGCUGGUGCACCUCCACCGCCUGCACCUCCACCAGGAGGAUCAGUUGCAACAGGUGUAUCUCCAAAGAUCCAAGCCGCAUUAGUUCCCCCUGUGCCUGGUCGUUCGAGAUCCAACAGUUCUCCUCAAAGACCUGUGCCUCCUCCACCACCCAGAUCUGUGCCAUCACCACCUGGAAGUCCUGCUGGUGCUUCAAGAGGCCCUUCACCUUUACCUAAAUUUGGUCUUCCAGUGAGACCAAGUGCUCCCAUUCCCUCCACUCCAUCCAGUCCUGGUCUAGCUGUCCCUCCUAGUUUACCACCUGGAAGACCCAGAGCUUCAUCCAAUGCUUCACCAUUAGCUCAACCACCUGUCAUUCCAAAGACAUUUGGCAGCAACAAUAACAAUGCCAGCAGUGCAACAUCCAGUCCUCCACCAGCGCCCCCUCCACCCCCUCCCAUGGUGGGAGGAUCUGGAUCGCCACCACCACCGCCUCCUCCUCCACCUCCUCCUAUGGGCAAUGCAUCCAUCCCAGCUGCUCCACCACCACCACCGCCUUCAUUUGGAUCUCCCGUGCAACGUAAUUCCCCAUUAGCCACUCCCCCAAGAUCGCCUCUACCACCACCACCUCCAUCCACGUUCAAAAACAACAACCCACGAUCAUUUGGACAAGCUCCACCUGCUGCACCUCCACCAUUAGCUGGUAUCAGCAAGCCACAGCCACCUACAUACAACACCAACAGAACAGGACCUCCCUCUGUACCUACGCCCCCUCCACCUCCAUUCUCCAUGAGCAACAACAAUAACAAUAGACCUUUGCCACCCUCAUUCAAUAGAUCACCGCCAUCUCAACAGCAUCAGCAAGUGCCAUUGACAGAAGGAGGAGGUCGAUUCACAUUCAGAGCUCUAUCUGAUUUACCUCCACCCAGAGCUGGAUUUUCAAAGAAGCAUCAUGUGUAUCCCAGUGGAGAAUCGAGAGGAAACAGUUAUCCACUGGAUUAUUCUAAAUUCCGUUAG